ACAAAAAUUCAUAGUCAGAGUAUUAGAUUAACUAUUAGUACCUCUAAUAAUCUCAUAAAUUGAUCCUUCUCAUGCACAGUCACAGAAAACAAGACAAAGUUUAAGGUGGCUCUGAUGCGGCAUUUCUUUUUACACCAAAUGAAAGCUUCAGAGACAUACUCUGAUACUGAAGUAUGCUAUUAUACCCGCUUAUUCUGUUUAUAUUGCUGGUUAAGAGCAGAUAUAUUUUAGUAUGGCUUUCACAUGGAGUUUAGCAACAAUCCAUUUGAACUUAUGUUAUACCUGAAAAAUUUAAAUGCAUCAAGAAUAGUUGGAAUCAGAUUGUGACCCACUGAAUCAAAAGUUCCUGAAAUCAAACAUUGGACAAGUUUGCAUGCACUAUCUUACACCGAUUGUGCUUAAUAAGUCAGUGUGUGUGGUCAUGUAAAUGCCUUUAACGGCUUUCCUUUAUUAAGCAAAAACCGAUCGACACAGGUAGUUUUUUGCCCAUUAUCCCAAUUUCACGUUGCAUGUAAACACUUUUACCAGCUUAUUCAGUACUGGCACAAGUGUUGUUGGCACAUGGAUGCAACGUUUUGACUUCAAAAGCAGAGAGUAACCCGAUGAUUUCAAGUCUGAUCGAAACAUGGUUUUCUUGCAUUGUCAGAUAUUUUUAAUACGAUGAUUUUUCAUAAUUAUCAGCAUAUUGGUGUGCAUGUAAAUGUGCUUACUGACUAUCCUACCUUACCUAACAUCAACUGCUUUAAAUUGCGUUUGUAUAACGGACAGAUGUUGAAACACAGUAUAGAGCAACUGACCUCAACAUUACAGCAGAAUUUUUUACCACAUCAUCUAAUUUCCUGUUGCACCUUACAAAACCUUCAAUAAUAUACAUUAAUUACCAUAACAUUUGCAUAAACUGACAUUACACAACGUUGCAUGAAUAUGCAUGUAUUUGUCUGCCUGGAUUUGGGUAGAAAUACAUCAUUAACAACACAUCUUUUUAUAUAGAUGAGUAUGCCUACUGUACAUCUUAGGGAGGAGAUAAGACCCAGUUCUUCUCUUUUUCUCUUUCAUGGUCCUUCAAUCUUCCUCUCAUUAAUCAUAGCUUUGCUGACAGUCCUUUACAAAGAUGAAAAGGCCUUGUUUUGAUUUUGUCAAUUUUCAGACCAGGAAGUUGCAGUUGGAUGUCACUGUGGUCAUGCAUAAAUCUCUUUACAGAAUAAAGUUUGUUUGUUCAAACAGAGAAAAGCAAAGAGCAGGACAGGGCAGACAGCCACUGAGCUGGUCUCUAUGGAGUCAGUAAUGACAUUCACUGCUCAUGCAAAACAUCCUUCAACAACAAUACAUUUUUUGAUGAACUUACCUUAUCUAUUGCUAAAUAUAUUUAGUUUUUGGUAAUUAAUUACUGUAUGUAAUUUUCCAAAGGGACUAGAAUUUUUUUAUUUUUAUUUUUAUUUUUUUUUAUGUUAGUUGCUUAAUAAAGGUCAAUACAGCUUGAGCAGAAGCAGCACCUAUCUGUUACUUGAAAAUGUUGUAACAUACAAGUGAUGUUUUCAUAAAUUAGAUUGAAUGCUUACAUGUUUUAGCACUCUGUGGCACUUUUUGUUUUAGUUAGACUUGAACUGGCAUUGUUUCAUAUCACAGCUGCUCAGUACAAGCCACAAAAGCUCAAUGGAUGUUUUCAGCCUGGUUCACUUGCUGGCACUAGGAUUAACUGUCUGAUCCUGUGGUUGCUCUUGUUGCUCAUCAUCAUCUGGUUCCAGUACGUUGCACAAGUUGAGUACAAUGUAAGUUCCACAUUGUUCAUUGAUUCUAACUUGUGAACUACUUGCUAGUUGUGAAAUUCCAGGUUGCACGUUUGUAAAGGGUGAUGACAACUCCAGUGACACAAGGUCUGACAUUACAAUAGACAGCGGCUUGAAAUUCUGGAAAUGCAUUCUAGAAUUUAGGUCCCAGCUUUCACUGCAAAAAUUUGAAGCACAUUUGUGCUCAGGAAGUCCUCCUGCAAUUGAGACAAAAAGCAUGCAAAGAUUAAAAAACAUGAAUUAUGAUAAGAGCCUAAUUGAGGGUUUAAAUUCAAUUUGGGCUUAACUGAAAGUCACAAUGAGCCCUUUUCCACAGAUGGUAUGGGGCGGGUUCCUGAGCCGUUUCCAUCGCAGAAAAGGCCAGUCCGGGGCAAAAAAACAAAAGCUUGCUGGUCUCUACGCAGGAGCGUAUUACUGCAGGGGGCAGAGGGCGGGAUAAUGUUUCGUCACCAGGUAAAGUUUUCCAAAUAACAACAGUUUUGAUAGCUACCAUCUCAAGCAACAAGUACUUUUUCACUCUAUAACAACAAUAAAAAAAACUUACAAAUAUGUCAGACAUCAAAAGCAUUGAGGAAACGCAAAGGAAACGAGCACUCUACUAGCGAUAUGGUCUUCUACAGAGAUUCAAGAUAAACUAGAGAGAUCACAAAGGAAACAAAGAGCCUACGAGGAGAUAUGGCAAGAAAUGAUGCACACCGGCUGCAAUCGGACGAUUGACCAAAUCAUUAACAAAUUGAAAAAUACUUAAAAGAGAGUACAGAGACCAUUAGCUAAACAAAAGUGACAGUGGUGGGAGCAAUGAAGUCUUGGAUACCUACAUUAGGGUGCUAACUAGUCAGCAUUGAAUUCAGUCAGUCACGCUCAAGACAAACACCAAAUCGCCGGUGUCCUCUGUGACUGAUCUCGGAGGUGUUUAGGUUUGUGUGGUUAGCCCAGAGACACAUCCAACGGUCACCAACGGGCAACAGAUGUAGAAAGGAAGUCCCGCCUUCAGGUGAGGAUCAUAUACUGUAAGAUCACAGGGUUACUAUGGUGCAACACCUAAGCUACCAUAUAUCGUCAUGACAACAGAGGAGGGUCGUUUUAAUGCACUGGUUAUCUCAUAAACAACUUCGCUCACUCUUCAAAACACUUUGUUAGCGAACACACCCAAAGUUCACUUCUCUGCUCUGAACAAGGUGAUCUGCAGCAGCCAUGCCCAGUAAACUGGAAGGAGCCAUGGACGCACUCAUCACAGUCUUCCACAACUACUCAGGGACCGAAGGAGACAAAUACAAACUCAAUAAAGGAGAGCUGAAAGAACUUCUAAACAGUGAACUCACCGACUUUCUCACGUCUCAGAAGGACCCCAUGCUGGUGGAAAAGAUCAUGAAUGACCUGGACUCCAACAAGGAUAACGAGGUCGACUUUAACGAGUUUGUCGUGUUGGUGGCGGCACUGACGGUGGCGUGCAAUGACUUCUUCCAGGAACAACAAAAGAAGAAAGGAAAAGAUGGCAAAUGAAACAGAUCCGUGAAAUGCUCCAGUACCUACAUGUAUAAUGCUAUAUGAUGCAAUCAAACAUUUGUUAUAAACUAGUAAAGUCCUCAUAUCCUUAUGUUAGAAGAUUAUUCUGACUAAUUAAUUAUGUAAUAAUGUAAUUUCUCAUGCACAUUGAUUUAUUUUAUGUUCUGACUGAUUUUUUCUAAUUACUAAAGAAUUGUUUUCUUAUCAUGAACUAAAUGCAGCUUUUGAAAACUUGCAUAUACGACAUCAUUGUUGUGUCUGCACACUGAAACUACUUACCAGUCAAAUUUACUUCACAAGUUUUUGCACUCAGUUUUUCUAAGUAAAUAAUUAAGUUAAAUAAAAUUAAGUUAAAUCUACUUAAUUUCAUGACAUAAAAUUGAUUAAAGUGAGUGUGUAAAUUUAACUUAAACAUUUCAGUGAAUACAGUAACUUUUACUUACAAAUAUGAUGUACAUGGUCCUUAAAUAAACUUGAAACUUGAGUAAAAGUGAACUUAACUUAUUAUCAUACAUCUCACUAUAUGAACUUUAAUUAGAAACACAUUUGAUCAUGUACCACAUGACAUACAGAAGCCUUCCACAGGGUAGCUUAAUGCAUGCUAGUCUAGUAGACUACAUCACCUUGCAUUACUAGUGAUAUUCACAAAAUACAAAGCUACACGCACGCAGACCUCAACACUUGGUGCAUGAGGACGGACACAAUCAGCAGAUAAUUUUUUUGAUUGUGAAUUUUUUAGUAGAAAAUUAAGUUCAGACUGCACAAAACAAGAAGUUACCAAACGUAACAACACGUGUGUAAAAACUGUUUAAAUAAACCUGCAAAAUCAUGCAAGCUCAUUAAUUAUUCAACACCGGAGCAUAUUGGGAAUAACUUUGAAAAGUUAAAGGGAUAGUUCACCAAAAAGUUAAAAUUUUCUCAUCAUUUACUCACUCUCAUGCCAUUCCAGAUAUGUAUGACUUUCUUUCUUCUGCUGAACACAAAUGAAGAUUUUUAGAAGAAUAUCUCAGCUCUGUUGUUCCAUACAAUGCAAGUGAAUGGGUACCAAAACUUUAAAGCUCCAAAAGCACAUAAAGGCAGCAUAAAAGUUAUCCAUAAGACUCCAUUGGUUAAAUCCAUGUCUUCAGAAGUGAUAUGAUAUGUGUGGGUGAGAAAAAGUCCUUUUUUACUAACAAUAUCCACUUUCACAUUCUUCUUUUGUUUUUGCCGAUUUGCAUUCUUCAUGCGUAUUGCCACAUA